UCUGUGGACGUUAAACCAAUGGGGGUCCAAAAAUGGUAAAGAUCAGUCCGGCUAAAUGCGUCCAUUCUAUAAUGGAGACGCAUAAAAUACCGGACACUAUCAUACUGCCCCGUACUGCACCAUACCGGACUGUACCAUACCGCACCGUACUGCACCAUACCGGACUGUACCAUACUGAACCGUACUACACCGUGCCGGACUGUACCAUACCGCACCGUACUGCACCGUGCCGGACUGUACCAUACCGCACCGUACUGCACCGUGAGGGACUGUACCAUACCGCACCGUACUGCACCGUACCGGACUGUACUAUACCGCACUGUACUGCACCGUGCCGGACUGUACCAUACUGCACCGUACUGGACUGUACCAUACUGCACCGUACCAGACUGUACCAUACCGCACCAUACUGCACCGUACCAGACUGUACCAUACCGCACCGUACCAGACUGUACCAUACCACACCGUACUGCACCGUACUGGACUGUACCAUACCGCACCUUACCAGACUGUACCAUACCGCACCGUACCAGACUGUACCAUACCGCACCAUACUGCACCAUACUGGACUGUACCAUACUGCACCGUACCAGGCUGUACCAUACCACAACGUACUGCACCGUACCAGACUGUACCAUACUGCAUCGUACCAGACUGUACCAUACCGCACCAUACUGCACCGUACUGGACAGUACCAUACCACACCGUACCAGACUGUACCAUACCGCACCGUACCAGACUGUACCAUACCACACCGUACUGGACUGUACCAUACCGCACUGUACUGGACCAUACCGCACUGUACUGGACCAUACCGGACUGUACCAUACAACACCGUACCAGACUCUACGAUACCACACAGUAUUGGACUUUACCACACUGCACCGUAGUGGACUGUACCAUACCGCACCGUACUGGACUCUACCAUACCACACCAUACUGGGCUCUACGAUACCACACCAUACUGGACUGUACCAUACCACAUUUUACAGCUUGGUGGAAACGAGGCUUAUUUGUACUUUUCUAUUUUGUUACCUAAGCAAGAUUGUUAACUGGAAAGACUGACAGCUUCAAAAUUAUUAUUAUUUUUUUUCCUGGAGAAUUAACAUCCUUUAAAAGGAUCUCCUCAAAAUAAUGAAAAAAGAAAAUGUUUAAAGGGUAAAUGGAGAGUAAAACCUGCUUCUUCUGUCACGACAAUUGAUGCCGAUACUAAUUUGAGGCAGACGUGAAUGUUUGCGUGCAAAGAAAAUGCUGCUAGGUGCACAGAUGUAUUAUCAAAAGGACAAAUCACUGAACCAAAGCUUUAGGAAUCAUCAAAUCCUUCAAAGUGAAUGGAUGAACUGUCAUUAAAAUGUACAAGAGAUACCAAAUGUUUGGUAAAAGCUUGAUUCAUGUUUUCACUUGUGCCAAAUGUUUUGCGGUUUCAUUUGUAUUUUCUUGAGUUGUUGAAUGUGGAGCAUGUUUCUGUGGUCACAGAAGCCUGCUGGUUUACGUUGGGUGCUCUGAUUCCUGACUACCGAGUAGUGCCUGAAUCGCUGUGUUCACACUGUCAACAUGAGGGCUACACAAAAAGCAAAGCAACUGUCGUGAAUGCUUCAAUAAACCUCACCUUGCCUUUU